GCCAGAGUGCAGUGAAUGACCAAGAACAACAUGAAUUUUCUAACCUUCGUUACUGUUCUACUCUUCAUACUACCAGCAACCUCAUCUUCCCAGUAUUUGGGGAACAACCUUCUCACUCAUCGCAAGAUAUUCCUAAAAAAAGACAACAUUAUUACCUCGUACGCUGUCAUCUUUGACGGUGGUAGCACAGGAACCCGUGUGCAUGUCUUCCAUUUUGACCAGAAUUUGGAUCUCCUUCCCAUUGGUGAUAGUCUUGAGCUUAAUAAAAAGAUCACACCCGGUUUAAGUGCUUACGAGGAUGAUCCCGAGCAAGCUGCAGAAUCUCUGAUUCCACUUUUGGAGGAAGCAGAAAGUGUAGUUCCUGAGGACUUGCGUCCCAACACACCCGUUAGGCUAGGGGCAACUGCAGGCUUAAGGCUUUUGAAAGGGAAUGCUUCUGAACAAAUAUUGCAAGCGGUUAGGGAUAUGCUGAGUAACAGAAGUACCCUGAACCUACAAUCUGAUGCAGUAACUAUUCUUGAUGGAAACCAAGAAGCUGCUUAUAUGUGGGUGGCAUUGAACUAUCUAUUGGGCAAUUUGGGAAAAGUGAUUUCAAAGACGGUGGGAGUAGCUGAUCUUGGAGGUGGAUCAGUUCAAAUGGCAUAUGCAGUCUCAAAGAAUACAGCUAAAAAUGCACCACAACCACCAGAAGGAGAAGAAUCAUACAUAAAGACUCUUGUACUUAAUGGAAAAACUUAUGACCUCUAUGUUCACAGUUACUUGCACUUUGGUAAAGAAGCAUCUCGUGCGGAGAUGUUGAAGGUCACUGGUGAUUCAGCUAACCCUUGCAUUUUAGCCGGUUAUAAUGGGACCUACACAUAUUCGGGAGUUAAAUAUAAGGCCUUGGCCUCCACUUCUGGGUCCAAUUUCGAUAAAUGUCGAGAGGUAGCUCUUAAAGCUCUGAAAGUGAAUGAACCAUGCCCUCAUCAGAAUUGCACUUUUGGCGGGAUAUGGAACGGUGGAGGGGGGAGUGGACAAAAAGUCCUUUAUGUUACUACAUCUUUCUAUUAUCUGGUUAUACAGGCUGGUAUAGCCGAUGCAAGUAAAACCAGUUCCAAAGUUUAUCCUGCGGAAUUCAAGGCCGCAGCUAAGCGAGCGUGUCAAGUCAAAUUUGAGGAUGCUCAAUCCACUUAUCCACUUAUGAUGGAGGAUGCACUUCCAUACAUUUGCAUGGAUAUUACGUAUCAGUAUACGUUGCUCGUCGAUGGAUUUGGCCUGGAUCCUUGGAAAGAGAUUAUAGUAGCAAAUGAAAUUGAAUACCAAGGUGCUCUUGUGGAAGGAGCAUGGCCUCUAGGCAGUGCCAUAGAAGCCAUAUCUUCAUUGCCCAAAUUUAAUAAAUUGAUGUAUUUUAUAUAACACUUAAAGAGAAGUGGGCUUCCUUUAAUUACUAAAUAAAAUGAAGCUCGAUGUAUAUCAACUCUUUCUAUCCUUAUUCCAUUGUGUGUAUGUGGUCACCAUUUCCGUAUGAUUCAUUUGCCAAUAUCAUACAAUCACAUUCCAAUA